GAAGGUCGGCUCAGCCAGCCAUCGCCCCGAGCGCGAAUGAUUAUCCUUGGUUAGGUCAAACGUGGUUCGUUCUCACCUGCCGGCAAAAUUCCCCCGGUUUAAGGCGCUCUGACACACCUGGCGUCCCGACUUCGGCGGGCACGCUAUGAGGGCGCCUCUUCAGCUCCGCUUUGACGCACGUUCAUAUAUACUUUCAGUUGUCAUCGCGACGUCGGUGGAGUCGCGCUGCUGGUCGUGUUACUCGACCAAUCACGCUGAAAUACUCUCCGAUCAUUGUUGUCAGUGGGUGCGCGCUAUUAUUCUCGUUCACGUGGCGUAUAAUUCCCAUCUCUCUCCCGAGUGUGUCCAGCUAAAGAGCGUUGCUGUGUCAAAAUAGUCACGCGCGUCGGCAAAUCGAUUUCAGUUUUCAGGAAUCACGUGGGGCUUUGAGCACGCAGAUUCUGACUGUUACAAUCUGGAAUUCUUAUCACAGUGCAAUCUAGAAUUCUGGUCAACGCAAGUCUGGGAAAAAACGCGAUCAAAACAAGCGUCACGUCACGCAAUGUUGUCGUGGUAAUUACAAUAUGCACGCGACGCACGUGAACUUUCACUGACGUUUGGAAACGUCGGUGGCCGAACAGCCGACCCACGUCCCUCCGACAAUCAGCUGAUGCUGCGGUCGACCAAGUUUCCUUUCAAACUUCUCGCAACACGAACUUUCCAGAGAUGUCUUAAAGACGUCCCGUUUGUUCUACAUUUAUGGAGUGACGGAUGCGCAAAGCACGUGACCGAGCACGUGGACGUGGGCGCCGGGAAAGUCGUCGAUCUUCUCGAGUCUCAUGAGACAACGCCUCGUCCCUGUUUUAUGCACAGACGCAUCCCGGCGCGUGACUUAGGUCGCAUCGGAUGGGAUUAAGAGGAAGUUCCCUGCCGAAAUUGCCCGCGGAUUGACUGGACUGACUCAUUGCCCACGUCCGAUGUGAGGGCAUUCCGCGAGGGCGCAGGCACCGAGGGCGCGGGGACGCGCAUAUAACGAGGAACUAACAGUGCCAUCAAAUGGCUUUCUGACGAUCGUCAUGGGCCUUCGAAGCUGACGAAGACACACUAGAAGGGACAAAGACCUACACGGAGGACGUCCUACGAAGUGCGCGCGCAUCCUUUAGGGACACUGUCACAAGGUGUAAACGCGAUGCAGCCGGACGAGGAGAUUCAGUAUGCGCCAAGAAGCCGGCCAGUGAGCUUUUACGACAAUUACAAGGACGUGCCGGUGAUGCCGCCUUGCGUCACUUCCGCUAUGAGCGUGGGCAAUUUGAACCAAGUCCGCGACGACAACGGCACGUCUCAGAGCAAUAUUAACAACAUCAGCGGCAACAACAACAUCAACAACAACAACAACAAUAACAGAGUCAGCAACGCCAUCAGCGUCGGCAAUGUGUCGAAGAUCCCCGCUGCCAAAGUCACUGGUGCGGUCUCGACCGGGAACAUUGGCCGGAUCUGCCGCGGCGACAAAGAGAAGGAACUCGGUCGGGCGCCGUCGAUGGCCAACUGCUUGUCGACCACGGUGCCCGUGAAUUUGGCCGCUUCGCAAAUAGCUGGCAGACACACGCCCACGAGAAACUCUCUGAGGCACAGCAGAAUGAUCGUGAUGCACCGAACCGGCCACCGUCUAGAGAAAUUUCUGCCCCCUUUGGUCUAUUAUCGACGAACGGCGCAGUGCUUGGCCGCGUUACAAACCAUCCUCGGCGUCACGGUGAUCGUUCUAUCAUUAUGGCUGCUGCUAUGGACACCCAAUCUUCCCGUCAUCAACAAUCCAUAUUGGAGCGGCAUACCUCUUUUGCUGUCGGGUAGCUUCGGAAUCAGUCUUCUAUGUUGCUUCAAAAAAGAAUACCCGAAUAUGACACCUGGACUCUGUCUUUCUAUUACCAAGGCGAUCAGCGUGUUUUUGGCGCUUCUGGCGACCGUUACCUGCAUGACCGCGUGCAUAUUCUCCGCGAUGCACUUGUCGCGUCUCAUGGAGCUGGAAUGCACUCCGGCACGGGUUCUGAAUGCCACGUGCGUGUGCAGGCCGCGCGGUGCGCCGCCUGAUUCAUUGGAAGGUGCAGUCAGAUACGUGGACCUUAAUUGCCCCGACGUGGAAGGUAUCUUGACGAUGCUUCUCAUCUUCUCGUCCGCUUGCAAUGGAUUGAGCGCCUUGGUGGCGGUAUGGUACAGUUAUCUUCAUUGGAGCACGCGACAGAAACGGCCGCAGUAUCGACAGGUCAGGACCAACGCCGUCUACACGAACAACCCGCUCAACAGUAGACCGAUCUACAAACCGAACCCGGCGGAACGAUGACGGCCGCAGACGCCGUACGGUCAAAGUGCUUCCGUUUCCAGUCGUAAUUCCGUUGAUGUCUUCCGUGAACUCUUAGGAAUGGUCGACCACUUUGUACAUACGAGGAAAACCAGACGUGCGUAAGUGCGCGUUCGACUACUCCGUGCUGAUUCGCCAUCGGCGAAAGAAAGACAGACUCGUUCCGUUAAACAGAAUACCAAUUAAUCGUAAACAUAGAGACAUACGUCGCGUCUUAUACGUCAAUUAUACUUGGUCGAAAUAAUAAUAUGGUUGUCGCGGUAAUAAAAGAGCAGGAGGAGCCUAACAACAUUUUAUAUGCAAUCAUUUCCAUGAAUAUGGAUUCAAAACAUGAAAAAAAGGAACAAAAUCGAAUCAACAGAUUAUUAUGCAAAACAGAUAAUUUUAUGAUUAUACGGGAAGCGAGACUCGAUGAACACCGAGAGAUUAGAAUCAAUAUACGUAAUUGGAAAACCCGAGUCUCGUCUAUAAAUAAACUUCAUUAUUCUCGUCCUGUCUCUCCGCUGCUGAUAUUACUAUUAAAAUGAGAUAAUAGUGAUCGCACUACGAUGGACCGACGCUGACAUAUUAAUGCUCAUUAUAUAUGUGAUUAGUGUAUCGACUCUUUUUGUAUUAUGUGGAAGCUCAGUAUUUGUCUAAAUGUAAUGUGUGUAUUUAUGUAUGCGUGCGUCUGACAGUGCGUUAUCUUCUAACGCGAGAGGAAUUUUCCUGUAAUAAACAAAAGCUUGUGACACAUUCACUUAUGCAAGGAAUAAAGUAUGUGAAGCAAAAUAAUAUUUUACAACGAUCGUCAUGCAUCUGUGACAGAUAAACCCGAUUGUUACUCGAAAUGUCGAAAAUCGAAGCUAUGUUUCUAAUACAAAGGAUUAGAAAGGGCAGAAACAUACCUCCCAAUUCCCGCUACAAUUCUAGUUGUUUUUACUACUAACAUAUUUCUCUCUAUACAGAUAAACACGUUUUAAUUUAUGCAAUUCCACUUAUAAGAAUGAUCAUUACACAUGCCACAAUUUUUCAAUAAACGUAGGUAAUUUUUAA